UUUUUAGGUUUUGGAAGAUGACUAUGUCUGUGAGGCAUGCAUAGAUCUUGCCAUGGCUACAGUUAAUCAUAAUUUACCGAGUGAAGUUUCUGGCGGUGUUGAAGCUGGAACAAGUACAAGAGGACAUACAAAUGUCUGUCUUUUAUGUGGCUGUUCAAUAUUGCAACAACAAAGUGAUAUUGUGCUAAGAGAAAACCCUACUGAAAUGCAACAAUCUAUAUAUAACAUUAUAGAAAGCAGAGUAGCACCAAGACAGAUCUCGUCAGUAGAUCAUAUAUGUCAUGCUUGUUGGAUGCGAACUAAAAGAGAGGUUAUUCGUAUGAAUCGUCAAGAUGAAAAUAGGCCUCUACGAGACCUAACAGAUGUUGAUGUACAACAAGAUGAAAGUCAGCCAAAUGAAGCCGCACCUGCUGAGCCCACACAGCUGGAACCAUCAGUUAGAACCCAUCAAAUAGUUUUACCACACUACAGACGAGCUGCCAAUUCUACACACAAUUGUGUUUUUCCAAAUUGUAGCAGUACUACAUUCCAUAACAUAUCAGAUAAAUUACGAGCCACUGUAUUACAUAAUCACCAUUACUAUUUGCCAAAACUGGCUCGAAUAUGUAGUGAACAUUUAACAAAUAAUUCCUGGGAUACAUUGUUAACAUCAGACAACAGUAUAGAAACAUUUAAUGUAGAACAAAUUCAACAUGUGUUUUCAUUUGUUAACACAUUCAGUCCGACCCUUGACUUUGAUGAUAUCCAGAAUAUGGAUAACAGAGUAUUUCAGUACUGGAUUGGUCUUACAAAGGAGAAAUUCAAUAUGUUAAUUGAAGAAGUACCACGAAUCUCCCAACUGCACAGAGGAGUCUUAGGCACAGCUGCACUUUUACUCAAAAUGAGAACUGGAGACUCAGAUGAGAGGAUUGCCACAUUAUUACAAGUACCAAGGCGAACAUUGGAAGGUUUGAUGGACAAGGUGAGGGAGAUUUUGUGCCAAGAUUUUGUAACAAGACACCUUGGCAUUAACCACAUAACUCAUGAAGAAUUAUUGGAACAUAACCUAACCAUUCCUAAUGGACUUUUUGGAGGUGAAAUUAUUGCAAUUGUCAUAUGUGAUGGAACAUAUAUAUAUAUAUAUUAAUAAAAGCUCUAACUAUAUGUUCCAAAAGGAUUCAU